AGAUAAUAAAAGUAUAUUCACGAAAAGAUGGAAAGAGAAGUAUCCGAUUUGAGAAAGCAGUUACAAGAGAGGGAUAAAGAAAUAGACAGCCUAAAGAAACUUCUGGCUGUAAAGACACCUACACUUAUUGAAGAGAAAGAUAUUUGUGAACAAAGUGAUUGCAGUUCUGGAACAAGAGAAAAGCUGAAUAAUGCUGAGAUAUCACGUUAUAGUCGACAGCUCAUCUUACCAGAAAUAGGUGUUAAAGGUCAGCUGUCCAUCAGUUCAACGUCUGUGUUGGUUGUUGGUGCCGGUGGAUUGGGAUGCCCAUCCAGUAUCUACUUAGCAGCAGCUGGAAUAGGCAGGAUAGGUCUGGUAGACUAUGAUGAGGUGGAAUUAACCAAUCUCCAUAGACAGAUACUACACACAGAAACCAAAGUGGGUGUGACGAAGUCAGCUUCUGCAGCACAUGCUUGUAAAAGCUUAAACUCCCAUGUUGAGUGUGUACCUUACCACCUGCAGCUGAACAGUUCCAAUGCUUUACAACUUAUACAACAAUAUGAUAUUGUGUUGGAUGCCACAGACAAUGUAGCCACCAGGUAUCUGCUGAAUGAUGCCUGUAUCCUAGCCAACAAGCCACUGGUCUCUGGCAGUGCCCUGAGGUUUGAGGGACAACUUACAGUGUACAACUAUAAUGGAGGUCCCUGCUACAGAUGUCUGUACCCAAAACCACCACCCCCUGAAACCGUCACCAACUGUUCUGAUGGGGGCGUCCUGGGCGUUGUCCCUGGAAUUAUUGGGUGUCUACAGGCCUUGGAAGCUCUCAAAAUAGCAUCAGGUAUUGGGCCUUCAUUCUCACAAGUAAUGUUGAUGUUUGAUGGCCUGGAUGGUACAUUCAGAAGGAUCAAGCUCAGGGGGAGACAACCCUCAUGUCCUUUGUGUAGCACCAAUCCUUCAAUAACACAGCUGAUCGACUAUGAACAAUUUUGUGGGACCAGAGCAGAUGAUAAGGACAAGUGUCUGAAGGUGUUGGACUCAGAACAUAGGAUUACAGUACAUGAGUACAAGAAGAUGUUAGAGACAAGUUCAGAGCAUGUUCUGGUGGAUGUCAGGACAGAAGUAGAGAUGGACAUUUGUCAGUUGCCUCAUCAACCAAUCAAUAUACCUAUAAACAGGAUUGGACAGGAAGAGAGUAUAGCCAGGAUACAGAGCCAGCUUUCUACAUCAGAGGAAAAACCUGCAGUUAUUGUGGUGUGUCGUCGUGGUAAUGACUCACAAAUCGCAGUGGAAAAACUUUUAAGAUGUUUUAAAGACUCUGAGGUUGAUAUUAAAGACAUUCGCGGUGGCCUGCAUGCCUGGGCUAAACAUAUAGACACAAACUUCCCUGUGUACUGACCUUCAUCAAGCAUCAUAAAUUCAUUUUGACUUUGCUUGAUAAGAUUUCUUACACUGGUAACUGCAUUCAGCACAGACAUAAGUGAGAAUCAAAAAUUGUAUUACUGGAAAAUAUACUGAAACAAGUGACACCUGACCCAUAUUUAAAGAAAAUCUUUACUGCUGGAGCCUGGAAAGAAAUAUAUUUAUGCUCAACACACUGACUAUACCCACUACCAUGGAAACUAGAUACCUGGUAUAUAUGAUUUCAAUAGCUAGGACAUUAUAUGAGCAGGUUCUCAAGUGAAGGAUAUAUUCCAGUCAUUAGAGUAUCAGAAGUUAUCGAUGUAAUAGUAUUUCAUCUGUCUUUUUUCUUUUGUUUUGAUAUGCUUAUUUAUAUACAUAAUUCAAGAGACAAUUAAAUAGUUAAAGAAUUCCA